AUGCCAGGCUCGGAGAGGAGGGAGGGGCUGAGGUGGCAGAGGAGCGGGGAGGCGAGGGCAGAAGAGAGGGACGCAGCAGGUGGGCUGAAUGAUGGUGGGAAUGAGGGAGAGACGGAUGGGGAAGGAGGAGAAGGCGAGGGUGGUGAGGGAGAGGAUGAUAAGGGCGGUGAAGAGGGGUACAGGUCGGUACUGGAGGCACUAGCAGCUGAUUUCGAGGUGGAUCUGGUGCAGGCGCCUCCUGCCCUCUGCUCGCUCGCUGACGCCCUGCCGGAAGCAGCCAGGCGGCAGCUGCUUGGGGCCUACUCGCCGCGCUUCUUCCCUCCCGACCGCACUGCACGCCUCCGGACAGCUUUCAGCGCCGCAUCUGCCUCGGGGAAGCAACAAGAUGGGGGGUGCAUGGAGAGGGUAAGAGCAGCGUGCAUGCGGCAGUGGUGGCAGCAGGAGGUACAGCGCACGGUGCAGUUCGUGCAUGCUGUCAGACAGUGCGCUGCUUCCUCCCCCCGCCUCGUGCUCUUCCUGCUCGCACCCCACCAGCACACAGGGACGCCGGGCAGCAGAGGAGGGGCGAGAGGGGGAGGAGGAGAGGCGGGCAGCAGAGGAGAAGCAGGGGGGAGAGGAGGGGCGGGAGGGAGCACAGGUGUGCGGGUUAGGGAGCGGUAUGACGUGGCGAUGGAGCGAUUUGUGGUGAGGGAGCUGCGAGGAAGGGACUGGGGCGUGGUGUCCCUCGCAGGCCGACGACCAGCACCACCACCCACGGCGGCAGACACAAACGCAGGGGGUGCAAUCCAAACAGUGGCCACAAUGGACGCAGGGGAGGGAGAGGAGGGGGUCACAGCACAAGCAGGGGAGAUAGGGAGAAGGUCUCACGAGGGGGGGUCAGCAUCAGUGCUGCGGCCCGUGAGGGGCGUGCAGGCGCUGCUGCUGCGAGGCGAGGCCAGCCACCUGCUGCCUCUCCUUGCUCACCUUGAGCAGCGCUUCCUGGAGGGGCCGCUGGAGGACCUCCUUAUAAGCUUUUUCGGUAGCAGGAAUAAGUCCGUGCAUGUGCAUGAGCCUCCGCUGUUCUGGCGGGCGGUGGGAGGAGAGGCGGGCGCAGGGGAGGAGGAGGGUGGGGGUUUGGGGAAGGACAGGGAUGGGGUGGAGGAGGGAGAUAGAAUAGACAAGGUUGAUUCUGAGUCGACUCGGAACUGGGUGCAGGAGGGAUGGGCUGUGGAGGACCCAUUUGUUAACGAGGUUAAGGAACCCAUUCGUACUGCAUUGCACCCACCAGCAGCACCCAUGGGGUUGUCUGUGUCUCGGAGCAUGCUGGUGAGUGUUCAUGGGGGGGAGGUGAUGCCGGCUGAUGCAGCAGGGGGUGUGGCGGUGAGUGGCGGGGGAGAGGGGAUCGUAGGCAGCAGGGGUGAGGGGGAUGAUGGCAGGAUCAGGAGGGAGGGGGGAGGGGGGAACGGAACAGACGACCACAAGGCAUCAGCAGCGGGUGUUGGCAGCGGAAGCACGUCAACGCGAGCAGCAGUGGUGCUGUCGCCGGGGUUGUUUGCGUGUUGGGUGAAAAGCGGGGGUGCAGCAGAGGGUAAGGCGGGGGGUGAUGAGAGGAGGGCGCAAGCUGGCGAGGCGGAGGCUCAAGGGAAGGGCGGGGUUGGUGGGUUGAGAGGAGGCGAUGCUGGUCGUGGUGAUGGUCAUGGUGAUGGUCAUGGUGAUGACUAUGGCGAUGCUUUGAAUCCAUCGCCUCAUGCUGUGCUUGCAAAUGCACCAGAGGCACCAGCAGGUGUGACAGCAGAGGGUGUGAUAUUAGAGGGGGUGAUUCGAGGCGAGGUUGUGUUUGAGAGCCCGCUGACAGAGCAGGGGGCAGCAGCAUGGACCAUGGUGGCUCCGCGUGCGGUGGGACACAAAGGGGGGAAACAGGGGGGGAAGCUGGGGGGGAAGCAGGGGGCGCAGCAUGGGGGGAAGCAGGGGGGGAAGCAGGGGGCGCAGAAGGAUGGGCACGAGAGCGAUGUAGCACAAGUGGUGGUGGGUCAGGAGGAGACGGGGGGUGGUGCUGCUGCUGGGUGGAACGGUGCAGGGCAGGUAGGGUCACCGGUAGAGGAGGGCUCAUCAGUGCUUGUCACCAUUCCCAUCACAGGAAGGCUCUUUCUGCCCGGAAUCAAGGACCAGAGAACCGUCUGGAUGGGGAAAUCCUUUGGUAUAGGCGGCUACACUACUGUAGAUAGCAUUCCUGUAGAUAAUUCCAUAGCUGCCACUGCUGUUCUGGGUGCUGUUACGGGAGAUGGGCCUGCCAGGCUGUCUGCUCCCAGAGAUGCCGUGAGAGGCACUGUGCAGAUGGAGGGCGCGCUGACGUGGACUGACUCAGCGCCAGGCCAUGCCAGGCUGGCAGCGGAAGGGGUGGUUUUGAUUGAGAGGAGGGAGAACGAGGAGGAGAGAGAGGAGGAGCGAGUGUGGGGGGCGUGGCGGGGUGUGGGUGUGUGGGGAGGCGCACGUGCUGGUGAUGGUGAUGAUGAUAGGUUGCAGGGGGGAUUGAGAAAGGGUGGAUUGAGAAAGGGUGGGGAAUCAUCUGAAGAUGGCGAGAUGAGACCUGGUGAUGCAGACGGGCAAGUGGGGCCAGAGGGGCUGGGGCCGUUUGGGGGAAGCAGCACGGGGAGCAGGCGAGGCGGGAGGGACAAGAUGGGGGGGAUGAGAGGCGCCAGGUUUGUGUUUGAGGGGAGUCAGGAAGGAGGGGAGCAGAGAGCAGAUAGUGGCAGGUCAAGUGGUGUUGGUGCAAACAGGCAGGUGAUGAGAGUUCUUCUUGGAACGAGUGUUGGUGGUGGUAGGGUGGAGGAUUCUGAGAACCAGGAAAGUGAUGGAAGAGGUGGUAGCAGUGCUGCCACUGAAACUAGUGGCGGGGAUAAGGAGCCCAUUAUGUUGCAAUUGUCGUGCGAUGGCGUGGUCGAAUACACUCAAUAUAUUUAA